AUGCCUCCGCGUACCGGCCAGACGUUGACCUCGUCCUUCUCCGUCACCGACGUCAACAACGAGGUCGUCUGUCCGCUGCAGAACCAGGAUGGCUCCCAGUGCAGAAAACGAUGCCUUGGCGAGAAGCGAUACCGCUCCAUGCAGGAGCACAUUCGCCGCGCCCACCCCGAAUACUACAUCCCCAAGCUGCCGGCCACCAAAGAAUCCUUUGAGCUGAUGAUUACAUCGCCGCCCCAUGAACGCCCUGCCCAAGACCCCAACCAUGCCAACCACGUACACCACAUACAACAGCACUCUGAUCCGUCAGGUCUGUCACCCGCCUUCCACCUAGAUCCGGGCCUGAGCUCAUCCUUUGAAGGAUACCACACUCUGGGUCAACAUGAUGGCGGCUACUACACGGCUGGUGACGCAGAGGCGGCCGCCAUAUAUAGCAGCAUGCAGGCGCAGCAGCGCUCGUCUGAUGAGUAUCGGCGAGGCUCGCUCAUCCCGGCUGCCUCUGCUGCCGCCGCUCUCGCCCAGUUGCACUACCACAGGCCAGACUCAGAAUGGGGAGGGGACAACAUCCAGCAGGUGAUAUACCCUUCCCUUGAGCUGUCACCUACAGUCACUGAAGCCGAUCUCCUUCAGACUUUUUACUCCAACCACGACGACAUGAAGAACCACGUCUACGUCGAUCCUCAGCUCGAGGAGACGACCUUCAUGCAAGAUCAGUCAGGCUUCCCAGCGUCUUCAGGUCAAGAAGCACCUGGCUUACUUCAACAUAGCUUAGCCAGAUCGCCGCAAGAUCGAUCGGCAGCACUGCAACGCAGUGUCUCCAGAGGGGGCCACGCUAAUCGUCCCAGAAAGUCGAGCCUGUCACAGCAAGCGAGACUCGCCAAGCACGAGCGCAAGCGAUCAAAAGAGCUGAAGCAUAGCAGUGGCGGCGACAGAAAGGCGUUUUCAGCUGAGCCGGCCAACCCGGCCUUUCACUACGGCAAGCGCUGGGAAGAUUUGAUAGACGCGGCUGCCAGCGCUACAGAAGAGGAGGGCUCGCGAGAUCUGACACCGAUACCCGCAUCGCCGUAUCAGUCGCCUCCCGUCAACUCGCGGACAAGCCUGCCGCCUUUUGCUAUGGGCUCUCAGUUCCAAUCCUUUCAAGCAUCGCCACUCAAUCGAGCAUUGACACCACCAUCGGCCGACCACACUGGCUUGGACUUGCAACACUUCCCGUCGGUGGACAGCAGCCUGAGCAGCGUGUCCCACCAUCAGCAUCACAAUUCGGCUGAUUCAGGUUCACAGUUUCAGAUCAUGAAUCCUUCAUCGAUCGACUCGACGUCCUCACCCAUGUUUACACCCGCUGGCGGGGGCAACGGUAACAUGGCUGGCGCUGGUGACAUGGUUCAGAUCUACUGUGCUGGUUGUAGGAGAACCAGCCUUUUGAAGGAGUCUUACGCCUGCACGUCUUGUAUCAGCGGCUUGUGCGGCAGCUGCACCGACGCCAUCAUCCAGGAGCAGAGCCGUGGUCGAAUGACUAGCUGUCCGCGCUGCCAUGCCAUGGACUCGAACUUCAAACAAUUCCAGCUGGAGCUGCGAUAG